AUAUAUUAUAUUUAUUAAGAAUUGUCUGAUAUUGGAUCUAACCUAUUGAAAUCACCUGGAAGAGGAGGAUGGACAUCACCUUUGGCUGAGCACUCCUAUCAAGAUUUAGUUUAAGGAACAUGGGGACAGUUUCCAUGCACCAGCCUGAUUCAGCAGUAUGAUUGGAGCGUCCAGCCUCUCAGGGGACACCCUGAUAGCGUGCCACUUCCCUGUGGUCCAGCUUCCCACCUGGCAACUUCCUGUCCAGGCCCUGUGCAGCUCGGCCAAGAGGCCUGGCCGGCUGUACUCAGUGGGCUUGACCCGAGCUGUGUCACUCCCAGAGCAAGACUCUCUGAACCGAGAGCAUGCCUUCAAAGGUGGUCGGAGACAUUUUUCCAGCAGCUACGGUAGUCUCAACGAGGACCGAGCUGAGGAGGAGGGGGGCAGCGACAGCAGCGGGAGGUACGACUCCAAUUCAUCACCAGAGGAGACGAGUUCCCAUCUGAAGAAGGAAAGCUCUGGAGCUAGAGACAGUCUGCGCUCACACAACUCAUUUCUCCCCAAUACAGAGCUUGAUGAGGAUGAGGAAGAUGAGGAUAGUGAUGGAGAUAAUCUACACAGAUAUCAUGAGGACUCAUCUUUUGUGUUGCAUGGAAACUCCAACUGGCCUCUGAGUAAUGGUUCCAGGAAUCAUACAAUGUCCCACGGGUACAUGGAUGGUGAAUGGGGCCAUGAAGGCACCAUGUUGGGUACUGAGAGUGACCGAGAGUGGCUCUCUAACCAGCCUCAUCACCCAGACUCAGUGCAGACUGAAUGCCAGUGCUGUCAUGUGAUCAAACCUGGCAUCCUGGUGAUGGCUUAUGGAGAGCAGGAUGCAGACAGACUGAAGGAUAACAUGUCCUGCUGCAUCCACAGCCAACACAAAUGUUCCCCAGAGCUGUUCUCCAACAAUCACACAGAGUACGUGAGCGACUCUUCCUGUAACAGCUCCGACGGCGUCUUGGUUAACUUCUGCACUAUCUAUAACAGGAGCAACAACCCCGCCACGCCUCAUGACCUCAGCAGUCCUGCAGUUCACCCUGCUCAGUCACCUGAGGGAUCUGUGUUCCUCAACCUGCAACCUGUUCCUCAGACUCCAGCCGAGGACCUCCAACAUGAUGACAUGACAGUGAACUCCCCCCCUAAAGAGGAAGUUGACACGACACCCUCAGCCUCCUGCUGGUCUCCUCAGGGCCUCGACUCUAACUGCAAUCUUUACUCCCUGGAGCCGCUACCCCCGGGUCUCUCCUCGCUGGAGGUGUCAGACCUGGCCGCCUGUCUCCAGAGUCAGGCCACACUGGCUAUAGGGACCAACCAGAAGUAUUACAAGCUUGUGACUUGUGACCUGUCCUCCCAGUCGCCCAGCCCAGCCUGGUCCAGCCUCACCAGCUGCACUGAGGGUCAGUGCAGGAGUAGCCCCUUCCCUCCGUCUGAGCACCUCAGUGUUGAUCAUAAGAAAGAAGGACAAGACAAAGAAGUCAAGAUGGAGAAAGAGGACCAACAAAAGGAAAAAAGGUUCUCUUCUGCUCAGUACAGCGCCGGGUUUGAAUGCUCUCAGUUUCAGACCUAUGAUUACCAAGUUGCCUCCACCUCCACUGAGCAAGCCCUCUGCAGGAAGAAACAUACAGACAGCAUCCAAAACCUCUCCCACACGCCCUGUUCGCUAUGCCCCAGCCAGUGUAGCCCACAUAGCAGCAAAUGCCAAGGCACAAGCGCUGCAUCCACACAGCCAUCUGUGAUUCUGCACCAGGAGCACUGUGAUACUGAUGCUACUGAGAAGGGAGCGUGCUCAUUGGAAAAUGCAGUGGUGCGCUACAGUAAGGCCCAAAGACCAACCUCGCUGCCCAUCCAGCCCUUCCUUCUGGUCCCCGCAUGCAAACCCCAGACCCAGCACCUGGGCUGUCUUCUGGAACAGUACAUGAAUCAGAAGAGCAACAAGUCUGGUAGCUCCCAACCAGGCCUCAAAUUCAAGGGCAAAAGCAGUCAGUGCUUUUCUAAUCUUCAGCCAUCACCAAUGGGCAAUCACUGCCCCAUCUUCCUGGAGGCUCCUUCGAGCUCGGACACCUGCUCCACCUGCACGCCGAGUCCAGAGUGCUUCAGCCGCAGACGCGCAUGGAGCCAGUCCAGCAGAGGCCACGGACGUCCAAGUCCCUGUGUAUCAAAAAGCAGACUGGAUCCAAUGCACAUCAGCCCAAAGCCCAGACUGGCUCAGGAGCAAGAUAAAACAAGCCCCUACUCAGGCAAAACUCUGACUAACACAUUUUCAAAUCUGAUUUCAGCUCCAAAUCAGUCCAACCUUGUUAAAAUUCCCACCUACCAGGACCUUAUUAACUUCACCCCUGCGCAGGGUCAUGCCAACAGUGAGCCCAAAACUCCCAAGAAGUCCCACACCCCCUACCCUCCAGUAUUCUCUCAUACACCCCCCACUUUACUCCUAACCACUGACACCAAUCACCCAAACCUGCAGGUGUCCCUGUCUCCUCCCACUACUGUACAACCAGAAAAAAAGCUCCCUCAGUACCAAGCUGCACCUGCAGCUGACUCUGGCUUUUUUCAUGGUAGUUUCACAGCUGCCCUGUCCUCCGUAGCUCCUCUCUCAUCUUUGAGUUCUCUGCUUUCAUUGGCUGCUUCUGGGCUGCAAAUCCAGGAGUCUGCAGGGCUCAGUGGGAAGCCGAGUCAGAGUCAACACAGUGAAUCUCUGAUACUGAGUGACAAGCCACCCACAGAGUUCUGCCUCUCACCAGAUACGUCUUAUGAGUCUAUGUCUAUCAGCCAUCUUCAGAGGAGAGGCUUGCUGAGGUCUGUGAGCAGGGCGGUGGAUUUGAUCAUGGCUCAUUUUGGCAGCAGCAGAGACCCUGAAGAAAAGAUGCGUCUGGGUAACAGCUCCCGCAGCCCCACGAUCGCCGGUCUGGUGCUGGAACAUUUGUGUCCAGCGAUCCAGAAUAUUUUAGAGGAUGGUCUACGGGAUCACAAGCUGGAUUUCAUUAUAGGGCAGCGUCGCAACCACUCCUGGAGUGUGGUGGAGGUCUCUACUAGGAUUGGUCCAUCCACCAGGGUCCUUUAUAGCCUCGUCUCCAAAAUCAGACAGUGUCCGCAGCUCACCAACCACUGCAUGAGACUGAGAGCCUUCAUCAUGGGCCUGCUGAACUUGAGAGCUUUGGAAUUCUGGCUCAGUCACCUUCAGAGUCAAAAAGAUGUGGUGAUAACAUACUACCAUUCUUGGGGCUUCCUGUCCAUGUCACUGGGUCAGUGUCAGCCCUUGUUUCAGGAGCUGCUACUUCUGCUGCAGCCGCUCUCCGUGUUGCCCUUCGACCUCAACUUGCUCCUGGAGCCUCGACUGUUACGUAACAGACAGCUGUGUUCGGAGGAAGAGGGUGUUUCUCCACCUCCGCCGUGCUCAGCCCUCCUAGUGACCAGCUGGCCACUACUGCAAGCAGACAAAAAGGCAGACAGCAGCCACAGCAGUCAGCAAACUAAGAUUUCACACCACACAGGUCUGCAUCACCAAGAGUCUCCCACUUCUCAGAACUGCGUCAAGCAGGAUUGCGGAGGGAUGCAGACGAACAGGAGUCCAUUGUUAGCUCCUAUUCCAGAGUGGUGGCCGACAGAGCCUGACCUUAUGGAUGGUGUGGUUGAAGGGGAGGACUGUAGCCAUAAUUAUGGAGAUACUUGGUCUCAAAUAAGUAUGGACAGCAGGCAAGAAGAGAGGAAGGGAGAGAAAGACAAUGAGACCCCAACUGCGUCCACUUGUGUCCAGGCUGAGAGUCCAUGUCAGGGUGGGCUGCGCUGGGCCAAACUGUUUGGAGCAGCUGAUACGCCCACCAGGACAGAGACAGUAUCUCAGAGUCACAUUGGAGCACAAACCAAAAGGUACAGGCGACCAUCACAGUGGCUGCAUUUUGACAGAUCGCAACUCGGACUGUUGGCUCAAUCCAUCAGGGCGAUGAAGCUCAGAGGAGCGCAUACUAACAAGGACUGCUGAAAACUGAACCCUCUGUGGGUGGAGGACUGAGUGGAGCUCAUUUACUGUAAAAACAAAAAGUCUUAACUGCAUGAUAAUAAACACACAGUGCUGAACUGAUCAGAAAGCACAUAAAAUACAGGAUUAACUGCUUGGCAAUGGCCCGCAUUCAUCACGCUUUGUGUUGCACCAGCUAUUCAUAAAUCCGUUACUAAAGCCUAAUUGAUGGCAGGGUGCUUGACACUUUUGAGGAGUGUUGCUCGACAGAAAUUAAAGAGCCGUGUGGCAUUUGGAAUUUAUGCUUUGGUGGAAGGUUUCAGCUGUCUCCGUGGUAACCAGACACUGUCCUCCAGCCGGCUUGUGUCAUCCCAAUCUGGAAAUAGAUUCUUCUGACAGCUGUUUGUUUUGUAUCUAUAUUUGUCCUGCUUUGUUUCCUUUUGUAUUUUUUAGUUAAUUGAAAUGGAAGAGAUUUAUUUUUUAAAGAUUAUUUUUGGCUUCUUGCCUUUAUUGGAUAGGACAGUUUAAGCGUGAAAGAGGGAAAGAGACAGAGGAUGACAUGCAGCAAACCAGUGGCUGCUGCAGCAAAGACAUUGCCUUCAGAUAUGGGACGCCUGCUCUACCCACUAAGCCACUGGGUGCCCAAGGCAGAGAUUUCAAACUCACUUCUACUGAGGAGAAAACAAGAGUGCAAGAAAAGGAGGUGGUCAGUGCGUCCAUUGAACCAAACAAGGGAGCUACAGGGUGAAUAAAUGUGACGCAAUGUGACUACCUAAUAAAACUGCAGGACAAAAUAUGAGUAUGUGUGACAUAACAAAAUCCUCCAGGUACACGACAUUAGUGGAAACUUUUCCGUCAAAAAUAGGUCAUUUCUGUCAAGCGACACUCAUUAAAAGUGUCAGGUGCCCCUCCGUAAAUCAGCCGUUAGUUUUGUGAUUCCUUUUGAGGUUCUUAGGAUCAGCUAGUUUCUAAAUAAAUAAGGUUGCAUCAUUUAAACUAAUUUGUAAAACUUCAAUGUGUACAAGGACAACGGCUGUCCAAUCAACUCUGUAAACAGAAAGUUGCUGUAGCAUCACAAACUAGCAUAACUGCCACAAAUAACAAUUUUAACAUUCAAUCUAAUAUUAUAUCUAACUGCCAUUCAUUGUAGAUGUUAGGAGGGCCCAAUUCUAUUUUAUAUAUCUGUACAUGGAGAAAUAAGUGUAUAGAGUUUGUGUUAAAUAUAAUAUUUAGAUAGUUUAUAAUGAGGGGAAAAUAUAAUGCUAAUGCUAAUCUAGUUUUACAUAUUCCAUUUCUAUGGCAUAACUUUUUGUUAUGUUAAGGUAUUCUGUUUAAAUGUCAUUUAAAAUCUUCCCAGAUGACGUCAUUAUUAAACAGCUUUCAGAUAUUUCAACCAUAUUUCAUAUUAUCUUUGACAUUUUAACCUAAACAGAUCAUAUGCUCGCAAGCUAACGUUAGCUUUCUCAGUUGGUUGCGUUAGCUAACGCUACAAUAACACCUGGAAGUUACUGGGUCUAAUGCUGCGUUCCAGGCAAGUUUCUGAGCCCGUAAGUCACCACUUCAAGUCAUGAUUCAUGAAUUCAUAGCGUUCCAGGCAAGUCACACCAAAGUCUCAAAGCAACAUGGCGGACCGUGUGGGGUUUAUGUUUGUUUAUGAUCACUUCUGUCACCAAAGGUGCCAGUUCCUUCCUCAUUUGAGCAAAACGGAGGAGGAGAAACGGCGCAUAAGGUCACAGAUGCUAUUAUACUUUUUAUUUUACGUUAUCUGUGUGUUUGGAAACGUAUUUUGUAUUGAUUUAUUCUUGCACUGGAAACCAGCUGCCAAUAAUGCGUUAACAUUAGGGUUAUUUUAUGUCUAUUUCUCACCGUGUAUCACCUGCAUCAACACCACAUCCAUGGGGCUGCCUGUUGUUUGGAGGAGUAAGGUAAUUGGUUUAGAGGGCUGUGUGACGUCAGAAAGCGUAACUGGGAGUACAUCGAUCCGGUACGAGUUCACGGGUGGUAAGUUACGGGUUUGACUGCCGUUCCAGUGCACUUUCACGGGUAGAAGGUUGUAAAAACACGAGUUACAGGUUGCCUGGAACGCGCCAUAAAUAUUGCAGUAACUCUGUAUGUAAGAACUAGAUUUUGAGGUGCAACAUAUUUUAAUUUAGUGAGACAUAAAUUAACACUUAAACCACAUUAAAUAAACACUUAAACUAUGUUAUAAAUGGGUGUAGUCUGAACUUUCGAACAGCUGGUGCAACAGGCUCCUGGUGUUACUGCCUUCUGAUCUUAAAAUGUCCCUUGGUUGUUGUUUCAUCAGUGUACUUUUGUAAUGUGUGGUCAUAUUAGUUGUGAGAUAAAGCUUGAAUGCGAUCAGAAGAGGCUGAGUCAUCUCCACAGUAAAUCCUGAGCUCUUGAUGAAUGAGGGCCACUUCCUCCAUUUGCAAUUGCACUCUGGAAUAACGUUCCUCUAUAUUUCCUGUAGGCGAAUAUCAAUCAUAAAAUGUGAAUAUUGACCUGCUUUAGACUGUUGGACAUUCUCCUGGUGCAAAACUUGUUCAUUUCUCAUAUUUCACUGUCAUUCUCUCCAUAGCUGUACCUUCAUCUGUAGGUGGAAAAAUAGAAGCAGUCCACUCUUACUAGUGCCAAAUAUGACACUACACCAGCCUUGUGGAUUCUCGGUGAUGUUUUGUUUGCAGUAAUCGGCUUUCUUGAGCAAAUCCCCAGCAUGGUUUUCUGUAGGUGCAUGAGGUAACAAACAUACAGUAGGUGCUUCAGUACUAGAUCUCUUAACUUAAUGUUUUUAUAGCUGUAGAGUCGGGUUUUGGAAUUUUUCUGGCGAUGAACUUUGAAAUGUGUAGAGUUGUUUGGUAUAUGCAGUGAUAUGUCUUCCAGUGAGGUUUGUUCAGUUGCACAAAUAUAAGCCAUCUUGUGGCUGUUUCAGGUAUUUCAAUGUGUGUCAGGUAGGCCUACAUUUUGAUAGACUGGUGGUUAGAUUGGAGGGAGGAACAAA